CAAAUGGGAAUUAACCAUUUGGUAAUAUGUCUGAGAGUACGGCAUGUACUCUACACCUGAAUACAAAGUACUGGGAGACUGGCAGAAACUUGUGUCUGAAUUCUGUUUUUGAUCCGUUUGUCUAAGGAUAUUUAUCAGACUUUUCCAUCUGAAUUAGCAUAUUGGUUAUAAUAUUUGACCAUCCUUUCUUGUUAGAUAUCUCAUCCUUUAGUCAGCCAUUCAGUUUUCUGAUUGAUAAAGUAACUACUACUGUCAAGGUCACAUUUCAACCAUAGACAAAUAUGAAUACAUUAACAGUCUUGCUUAGACGUGGUUCGCAGAAAUAAGCAUGUGACUUAUUGAAUUCUACACAGUUGCACUUGACCAAACGCCUUUUUAUGACUUGAGGAUUUCUUAAUGAGCAUACUAAGGUCGGCCAACAUUCUUUGCACAGCCUUCUUUAUGUAUAGCAGGGUUUCUACUAAUAAAGUUAUUGACACCUACUAGUGGCUAGGUCCUAAUCUUCAUUAACCAAAAGUGAUUUAGUGGACCAAGGAAGACAAUAUAAGUUCAGUUUAUGGAAUGUUUUUGAUCCUUCAAACAAAAGUAAAAUUAUCCCAAUAAAUUAGAGAUUACUUUUAUGAAUGCGUGCUCAUUAGUGAUAUUUUACUCAUGCUGGCCACUUUUUCCCAUCCUAUAGGUUAUGCAGUUUUGACUGGAUAUCGUUUCAUCUACUGAACUUGUAUCUAUUAACAAUUUGUCUGCUCAAACUGAGGUGAUUUUUGCGUUGGUGUUGAUUUGAUCGAAAAAGCUUAUGCGCCAGAUGUUGGUACUCGAAGUUCAUUUGCAGCUAUAUUGAUUUCAAGAAAUGGACUAUAUAAUAAAAAAAUGCAGUAAAAGUCUCAUUAAGUACAUAAAUAAACAUUGUGACUACGAGAUAUCAAUUUUUUCCAAGUUACCAUCAAUCAUUAUUGCCUUUCUUGGUAUCAGUCUAUUUCUACAUGGUUUUUUAUUGAAUCGAACUGAGCUCUACAAUGAGACAAAUGAGAAAUUGAAAUUAUCAUUGAAUUAUCCUUCAACUGUUGCUAGAAAUGGUCGAAUGAUCCUUUUACUUGUUGAUGCAUUGGGUUAUGCACUUAUACAAGACAAUAAUGAAAAUAACCAAUUAUUACCUGGUCAUAUUUCAUCACAUUCCCAAAAUCGAUAUCAUCCACUACUUGAUAGUUUAUCUAAAGCGGUAUUUAUUGGGAAGUUUAUCGCAGACCCGCCGACAACCACGUUACAACGUUUAAAAGCUCUAAUGACAGGGAGUAUGCCAACAUUUAUAGAUGCAGGUUCAAAUUUUGGCGGAAGUAAAGUACUGGAAGAUAAUUUACUAAAACAGUGGAAUAAAGCUGGAAAACAAAUUCGAUUUGUUGGCGAUGAAACUUGGAUUGAUCUAUUUCCUGAUAGUUUCAGUCAUUAUAAAGCUUAUUCAUCGUUCAAUGUGAAGGAUUUGGAUACAGUUGAUCGAGGUGUUGAAAAAUACUUUCUCUAUGCCCUUAACGGUACUGCAUGGGAUUGGGAUAAUGGAGUUGUUGACAGUCUAACACCACAGACUGAUUGGGAUAUUCUUAUUGGACAUAUGCUGGGGAUAGAUCACUGUGGUCACACAUAUGGACCUGCACAUCCAGAGAUGGCGCGAAAGCUAAAUGAACUAAACAGUUUUAUAAAACGUAUUGUUUCUAAACUUCAAUCUUCCGAUAUUCUAUUUAUUUUGGGUGACCAUGGAAUGACACGAUCAGGUGAUCAUGGUGGAGAUAGUGAUGCAGAACUGGAAGCUGCUUUCAUCGUUUUUACUGCUGAUCAGAGUACACUUGUGAUAAAAGAUGAUUCAGAGAACCAAACUAAUAGACGAUUAUAUCAAAUAGAUCUUGUCCCAACUUUAUCACUUCUAACUAAUGUUCCAAUACCCUAUUCGAAUUUGGGCAUACUAUAUGGCCAUCUGCUAGGAUAUGGUACUGACCUUCACCAGGGUAUGGUAUUAAAUUUUAUACAGAUGUUCACUUAUACUGGAAAUUAUUUUUAUAAUAUAAGUAAAUUACCAUUAUCUCCUAUACUUAUGUCUUAUAUGAAUCGUAUUAUAUUCAAUUCAACUUAUGAUUGGAUAGAACAAUUCAAUGAUAUACAAUUAAUAAAUAUACUUAAAGAAUUACAAUUCAUAUUUCGUAUACAUUGGACUCAAUUCAAUGAUUCAUUGAUAUUCUUUGGUAUCCUUUUAACAUGUUACAGUUUGAUUACUCUUUUAUUAUUGAUUGAAAAGAUUUCCAAUACUCCAAUGAUACAUAUCCAUAAUGGUUUCUUAUUGUUUACAUGUAUUUUAUCGUUUUUUUCAUGUAUAAAUAUAUACUACUUAAAUCUUUUAUUAUUCAUCCUAGUCUCAUAUGUUAUCAUUAAACAUUAUAAGUUUUCAAAGUUGAUAUUCAAUGAUAACUUUAUCGGUUUUUUGUUACUAUUCUUAUUGUCUUUAAGUUAUUUAUCAAAUAGUAUGAUUAUCUAUGAAUUUCAUAUCACUUUCUAUUUCAUUCAAAGUUUAAUUGUUAUAUCUCUAAUUUGUUCAUUCAUUCAUAUCAUGGAUCAUACUGAUAUUAUGACAUGGUAUAACUUUAAAUUUUUACGAAGAUUAUGGUCUUUUCCUUGUCUUCCAUUUAUGAUGAUACUUUAUCCAGGUAUAUUGUUAUUAUUUCGUUUAUUGAUUAGACAUUUUCUAAUUUGUCGUGAAGAAUUAAACUAUAGUUCUAUAUGUCGAUCUAUACUUGAUUCAUGGAUUAGUAAAUCUUUGAAUAAAUUAAAUCCUAUUCAUGAAUUUCAUCCAAUUAGUUGGAUACGUGUAACGUUUGCUUGUUUCAUGUUAAUCAUUUGUUUACGUAUGUAUUGGCGGUUGUUGUUUGAAUAUCUAAAUAUAUAUAUUGGUGUUAAUCAAUCGAAUAAAGUUGCUUGGAGGAAAUUAUGUUUAUUUAUAUUAAUUGGUAGUUUAUUGUCUUUAUUAUGGAUGGUGGAUUCUGCGGAAUCAACGAAUUGGAUUGGAUUCAUUCCAAAACAUAAAUUGCAUACAGUUCGGAUUUGGAUUGCUCGUAUUUUCUUGAUGACCAUAUUCUACAUAUUUUUUCAACUUUUGAAAUCUCCAUUUCAACUUAUUCAACAGAUAAAUUUUAUAAAAUCUAUGCAGUCAAAUGAUUGUAAUCAAUCCAUUCAAAGAAAUGUUCUCUAUCUGUACACUUUAUGGACAAUGACCUGUUUAACAGUUUUACCAUUACUUUCUCUACUUGUUUUCCUAAAUGAAUUCCAUAUAAUUUGGUUAGUUUUCAUGAUUAUAUUCGUUCAAAUACGUAUACAUGCAACUACUGUAAAAUGUAAUCAUAUGGAUAAAUGUAUUAAAAAUUCACUACAGCUUCAUGUACCUCAGAACAGCAUCUCGUGGAUUAUUGCAAUAUUUCUUUGCUUGUUAGAUAACUUAUCUUUUUUUAUAACUGGUCAUCAACCAACAUUAUCUGGAAUUCCAUGGGAUGCUGCUUAUGCUGCAUAUGAAGGUGAUCAUAAUACACGAUGGUUACCAGGAUUGACUGUUCUCUUGCAUUUAUAUUCAGGUCCUAUAUUAAUUGCUUUCAGUAUGCCGACGAUUCUUAUUUUUUCUGCACGCCUUCAUCAUGUCCAUGGGACGGUGAUCCAUUCCCAUCCUAACAAUAGCCGAAAUACUGGUUUUUACAGAUUUGUUGAUGCUUUGGAUUUAUUCAUUUGGAGAUUUAUCAUUAGUAAAAGUGUGUUAGCCUUAGGUUGUAUGCUAAGUACUGGUUUAUUACGUCGUCAUUUAAUGGUAUGGAAGAUAUUUGCACCACGUUUAUUAUUCUCUAUUUUAAGUUUAUUUAUAUCAGUUGUAUGUCUUCCAAUGAUUCGUUUUUUAUUUGUCUAUUGUUUUCAUAAUAGAAUUUGUAACAUUUUACAAAGUAAAUUUAAUAUAAAUAUGUGUGUAUAGGGCUACAUACGUUUGCCAAUGUAACUACAUUUUCUCUUAAUCUAUUUAUAUAUUGGCUUUAUUCAAGAUCCAUACUUACACUGUUUGACCUCUUGUUGUUGUUGUUGUCAUCGUCAAUAUCAGUAAAUUUGAUGUUGAAUGGAUGCUUUCUGUUAUAUAAUUAUUACUCUCUUUCGUUUUUGGUACUUACUUACGCCUGUCACCCCCCCAUGCAGUAUAGGCUACCGACUUGCGUUCUCCAACCCACUAUAUCCUGAACCUUCCUUUCUAGUUGUUAUAAUCUUUCUUACGGUUAUGACCCAGCUAUUCCUAUUGCUUAGUAUUCUCGGACACCGAUUCACUCGACAAGUCCCCAAAUCAGAACACGGUUGAACAGGAAAAGAGAUUAUAUUUCAAAUAACAAGGUUAGAUGGAAGUAAGAAGCAAGCCAGUAGUCAAUAGGGAAAACACUAGUAUAUUUAUAGUUUUUCACAUGAAAAGAUUUCUAGCAUUGACUAACGCUGAUUGGAUAAAAAUGAGCCAAUCAGCGCGUACCAAAGCAAUCGUGCAUUGAGCAUGCUUUAAUCCAGUCUAUGUCCCGCUAACACUAGUUCUAUCCAAUUGUUGUGCAUUCUUCUCAUAUCUACCUCCAUUUCUCGACGUAAUGUGUUCUUUGAUCUUCCUCUUCUCCUUUGACUUUGAGGAUUUCAAGUGAGGGCUUGCCUUGUGACGUAGUUGGUUGCUUUCUUCAAUAUAUGUCCUAUCCACUUGCAGCGCUUCUUAUUAAUUUCUUCCUCCGCUGGAAUCUGGUUUUUCCCUCUUAUAUUAGGUUGUUGCUAAUAGUGUUUGGCUAAUGGAUUCGAAGUGUUUUGCGUAGACAACUGUUAAUAAACACUUGUAUCUUCUGGAUGUUGGCUUUCGUAGUUCUCCAGGUUUCCGCCCCAUUUGUAUUCUGAAGAUCAUAUUGAAGUUGAUUUCAAGAACUAUGAAUUUUUUGAAUAGGAUAGAACUAUUAAUAGUGGAAAUGUUAAGAUAAAUGAAGUGGGAAAUAGUAGUUUUAUCUAGGAAACUGGUAUUUACAGAUAACGUUCGACUUUCAUAUCACUAACGAUUCUACAAUCCGCACACCUUUUGGUAAAGCAGAUUAGAUAUUAUGGGUGAUUAGAUAUUCGUGUAGAAUUAUUCUUGGUUUUUCUAUCAAUUUCACUGCGUAUUAGCAAGCGUAUAUUAUCGCUUGAAGGGUGAGACUAUAAUUUAUGAACGACCUUUGAGUGACUCUAGACUGACCUUGAGAGUGUCCAUCUAAUAACUAAGACCAAAUGAAGGUUAUAAACCUAUGUGAGGAAUAAGAAUUAUCAAUUAUUAUUGAUGGUUAAGGUUAGGAAUUAGAUUUAGGGUUUUCAUCACGCAAUGACAUCAACUAUGAUACCAAAAUUCUUUAGCCAAAUAGAUGAAUGAAUUUCGCUCCCAAAUCCGAGACCUGUAAUCUUAUAUCUGAUUGGUUUGUCCAUAAAUUGUACUCUGGCCAAAAAAUUAUCGAAGUGAAAAUAACCUAUUGCUUAGUAGUGUACAAAACUUCACAUUAAUUAAUAGCUGAGUACUUCAUCAGAUAAGAUUAUAAUAUAGAAAGAUGCAAAUUCAUGAUUUUGUUGGUGAAAUUACUUAAUAAGUUUAUGAUUACAAUUAUGAAAUCUUUCUAUAAUAAACAAU